AUGGUUCCGCGUUCUCCAACGCAUGCCUUCGAUCCUACCCCAGCUCUCGAACAUAAUCCGGUCAACUACUCUCCUCUGAAUUAUUUCAGAACAACGGGGGCCUCUCAAGAUCCGAGCAGCAGUAUUUUAAGAGGUGUUCGUUCCUCAGAUCCUCCGUCAUAUCCUCCUCUGCAAGGCCGUCACUCGAUCGCCACCACGAAUGUCUCACUCCUCCCACCAGUACCCUCUGCUAGUCAAUUACCAAAGCAAGGCUUUCAGAUGACAAACCCUACUCCGGAUGUAGACAUCACGGCUUAUAUGGAACAAUGUCGAUUGUGGAAUACACAGCUAAGAGAGUCUCAUGAAAGCGAGCGGAAAGCUUGGAAUAUAGAACGGACUGCGCUCAAGGCUCGCAUCGUCGAAUUGGAGCAAAAAUUGAAAAAGAGCAGAGAUCCAAAGAGGAGGUCAAGCAAUGAUUCUUCCAGUGCGAGCCUCCAUUCUUUCAGAUCCGAUUUCCAACCUUUUGUCCCCUUGAGAAAUAACGUCCCACCCCGAACCCGAAUUGGCUCCGAACCAGCCAUUUCAACACCUCCAGUCUGGAAAGGACCCGAGAGUACCCCUCCCGUUACCAGGGUUUUCUCUCAUGACGACGAUGUUAGUCACUUGCCAAGUAUUUCUGAAGAUGAAGCACUUCCACCGCUGUCAAAGGAAGUGUCGUCUAUAUCGGGCGAGCAGGAGAAGAUAGAGAAUGUUCCGGUACCAAUUGAACAGGUGGACAAGACUCUUGAUGGCAUUACCCUCAAAUCCGCCGCCUUGACUUCCUCGUUUGAUACAAUAAUCACAAGUCCACAUUUUGCGUCGCCGACUCUUUCUCCCGAACCACGGCCAAAACAACCGAUGGACGGACUCCUGCAGGUUGAUGUGAACUCAUUGCUGUCGCCGUUGGACGAAAAGUUGAAGAGACAUGCCGGCCAUACGCCAAUGGCUUUUGACGGCACGCUGUCUACAGGCAGCGAAAGCACUGGUCCAAUGACUCCCAUGCAGGAGAAACCUCGUGCACCUGCUCCCACGAAAAGACCGCCACUCCGUCCUUCUGAGAACUCCGAUUCUUAUUUUAAUUUUACAUCUGCAACCGACAAUCUGGAGGAUCUGGCCAAGAAAACCAUGUCAGCGGAGCGAGAACCGGAGCAGGAGCCCAUUCAUGAACCAGAAAACGACUCAGCUCUCAAAGGUCCUCUCACGCUUGAUUUUAGUGCGAGAACAGAAGCUGCUAGCGUUUUCCUGGAAAAGCUCGAUGCAAAGCUCUCCGAGGAGGCGGCACAUCGGUCCAGAGAAGACUCAUCUAUGUCGGAUGGCGGCGAAGAGAAGUCCAACGGGGUACCAGAAAAGCCCUCUGAUCAGGAACCAGAUGAUGAUAUGCCCAGGCUGAGGAUCAAAAACAGCAUGAACUUUGGUAGCGCAUGGGGUGGAGAUCAGCCCGGUCGUAUAUAA